AAACUUCUUAUUCUCUUCUUACCUACCGCCUCCGUUCUCCUGCUUACUUUCUCUCUCUCUCGUUCGCGCGAUUCUCAAUCCAUCUCCCGCCAGCGCGGCGGGCGCGCCAUUAUUCUCAUCUCAAUCGAUCUCCCGCUGGCGCUUGAUAUUGGAUCUAAUAGAUAUCAAAAGUGUGCUUGAAUUUGGUUUUGCAGGGCCUUUUAUUUUCGAAUUUUUCUCCUAACGAUCUGAAUCUGGUUUUGCAGGCCCUUUUAUCUUCGAAUUUUUCUCUUAACAUAUUUCUGUUUACAGCUGAUGUUGCCCUUUUUGUUUUUUUUUGUGUGUUAUUAGCGUGAUGGUUGCAGGAUUCAGAAACCCCUCUAUGAAAAUGUUUCGUCAGUAUGACUUGCCUCCUCAAGGAAAAAGAUCGCAUCAAAAUUUUCUUCACANGUUCAUUCCUAACAGAUCUGCAAUGGAUAUGGACUAUGCGCACUUUAUGGUGACGGAAGGGUGCAAAGUGAAGCAGAAUCCUGUGGCCAGGUCACCUUCGAGCGAAGCAUAUCAAAAGCAUCUUGUAGAGGUCUUCAACAUGAACCGGAGGAUCCUUGCUUUUAAAGACAAACCACCCACCCCUUUGCGUGGGUUUCCGUACGAGGAUUCUUCUGUCUCUUAUGAGGCCAGACCUACAAAACCUCUUCGCCACAUUCCUCAGACAUCCAAGAGGACUUUAGAUGCCCCAGAUAUUGUGGAUGACUACUACUUGAACUUACUAGAUUGGGGAAGCAGCAAUGUCCUUUCUAUUGCUCUUGGCAGUACUGUUUACCUGUGGGAUGCUUCUCAGCGCAGAACUUCUGAACUGGUCACGGUUGAUGAUGAAUUUGGUCCUGUCACGAGUGUGAAAUGGGCUCCCGAUGGAAAGCAUGUUGCUGUUGGAUUGAAUAAUUCUGAUGUCCAGCUUUGGGAUACCACGGCUAACAGAUUGUUGCGAACUUUGAGAGGUGGCCACCAAUCACGAGUGGGAGCCCUUGAUUGGAACAAGCAUAUACUUACCACAGGUGGGAUGGAUGGUCUGAUUAUCAACAAUGACGUCCGGAUGAGAUCACAUAUUGUAAAAACAUACAGAGGACAUAGUCAUGAAGUGUGCGGCCUAAAAUGGUCUGCCUCAGGCCGGCACUUGGCGAGCGGAGGAGAUGAUAACCUUCUAUAUAUAUGGGACAAAUCAUCGACUGCCUCCCCAACAACUCAAUGGCUUCACAGGUUUGAAGAACACAGGGCUGCAGUUAAGGCACUUGCCUGGUGCCCGUUUCAGGCAAACCUCUUAGCCUCCGGGGGAGGAGGAGGAGACCAGUGCAUUAAGUUCUGGAAUACCCAAACCGGUGCAUGUGUGAGCUCAGUUCAUACAGGGUCUCAGGUGUCCGCGCUGCUUUGGAACAAGAAUGAGCGUGAGUUGCUUAGCUCCCAUGGCUUUACUCAGAAUCAGCUAACUCUCUGGAAAUACCCAUCAAUGGUUAAGAUGGCAGAGCUUAGGGGACAUACAUCUCGAGUUCUUUCCAUGGCUCAGAGCCCAGAUGGUUGCACUGUUGCAUCUGCUGCAGGUGAUGAAACACUAAGAUUAUGGAAUGUUUUUGGAACGCCUGAAGUCAAGAAAAAGGUUCCCAAGUCCAAUCCGGAGCCGUUUGCUCAUGUUAACCGAAUCCGCUGAUGCACGAUUCAAUACAUGCUUGAUAUAACCUCAGGUAAGGUGCUGUAUAGUAUGCUCAGUUUUGCUUCUGACCUUGGAUGGGCUUGUCAGUGUGUAUAUAUAUCUAUUGUUCUUAUAACCAUAUAAUUAGAGUUUGCAAUUUGUUUAGACUCUGAUUUAGGCAACCUGUAACUUUUGUCAUUGAAUAUGUAUAGAGUAUUUUUUACUUAAUAAAGCUGAUUAAUUGAG